UUUUUACGUCCCGGCGUUUUAUUUUUAGUUAUUAGCGUAAUCAGAAACGGUUAUUUCUGUUCUAUGGGUUUUCAUUAGUUGUUUUUUAAUUUUGUUUUCGAGAUAAAAAAAUAGUUUUCACCAGUUUCAGUAUUUUCCAGUGUAUAGUAUGAGGAAGUUUGGAAUUGGUUUUACAGCACAAACAUCACCUCAGUCUCAAUAAAAAUAUGCACUGUGUUUGGUCUUACGUUAUGCUUUAUGGUUUUGUAUUUUAGAGUUUUUUUCAUGCCUGAUUUUAGUUUUUGGUUCAGUUUUUUAUACAGUGCAAAGACAAAAUAUCUGAUGUUCAGACUGUUAUUUUUUGUACAUACCCACACAUUCUGAAUUUGGUGUCAGUAAAGCUGCGAGGGCACUGUGGACACGUUCACGGCACACGUUGUCGGUGGGAGACGAGGCUGAUCUGCAGGCACGUCAGUCUGCCACUCACACUGUUGGACUGUGAAGCCACGCUGCUGUAACACACGCAGAAUGUGGCUUUAUUGUCCUGUUGACGUAAGCACAGAUGUCUUCUGCGUGUUGCUCCUGAAGCCGUCAUGGUGCCUUCACAGGUGGCUGGUUUUUGAACGUUGCACUGGUAACAAUCUGUAUGGUCGUUUUUCCUCUCUGGCCCAGAAGAUUUGACGUCUCAGACCACAGCAGACUUUUCCGCUGUGUGUCAGUCCAUCUCAGAGGAACUCGGGCUCAACGGGGUUGGCGGCGUUUCUGCUAUGCGGCGUUUGCUUGGCCUGGUGGCGUCUGAACUUCAUUUGGAGAUGCACUGACAUGUCAGUGUUGACUCACAGUGGUUUUCUGAAGUGUUCCUGAGCCCGUGAAGCGACGGCCUUUUGUACAGUCAGGUUUUUAAUGCGGCGCCACCUGAGGGAUCUCAGCAUCCUCCGAAUCCUUUGGUGAUAUUAUAGAUUGUUGAUUAUGUUGAGUCCUGAAACCAUUUCAAGGUUUAAUCUCAUUGUUGACUCUCAACUCAAGCAGGUGAUUGUUUUUGUUUUCAUUUGUUGUGUAGUCCAACACUGUAACACGCAAAAUCCUGCUUCUGUCUCAUGUAAAUUCCCAAACCUCUUGUGGAGCUCCACAUCAAGCUGCUCAGAAAACUGGGGAGGUCCGUGUCGACUGACCGCUGGGAGAAAUACCUGGCCAAGGUUUGCCAGGAGCUGAACAGUACCUGGGCGUGGGAGCUGGAACAGAAGGGCUACCAGGAGAUGUCCAUGGAGUGCAAAUCAAGCAUCCUCAAAUAUCUCUGCGAGUGUCAGUUCGAUGACAACCUCAAGUUCAAGAUGGCGAUUAACGAGGAGGACCCGGAGAAGAUGCGUCUGCAGCCUAUUGGUCGGGACCGGCAGGGCCUGAUGUACUGGCUUCAGCUGGACCAGGAGCAGAACAUCCGGCUGUACACGGAGGAGCAGGACGAUCUGGACGGAUCCACCUGGAAGUGCAUCGUCAGGACACGUAACGACCUGGCUGAGGCUCUGGAGCUGCUGAAGGCCCAGGUCGAUCCAAACCUGAAUCGGGACCAGAACCAGAACCAGAAUCAGAACCAGGCUGGACCCCGGAGCACCAGCCCCUCAGAGAAAGAUGCAGGGCGUGAGGCCAUCGGAGGCGCCAACCCCGAACCCUCCAGGACCACAGAGGAACACAUUGAGAGUAAGAAGGUUGACCCUGUGGAGGAAGAGAAAAUAAGACCAGUAGUGAAGCAGGAGGAGCCCGUCAAGCAGGAAAACACUGAGGUGAAAGAGGAGAAGACGGAGGACAAGCCGCCUGUCUUUGAUAACCGCGUGAGCACCAUCACCACCGUCAUCAAAUCCGAAUCCAGGGACGCUGACGCCCCCAGAAACUCCGUGUCUGUCGUCAUGGCGCCGAGUGCGGCUGCAACCAAACCGGACGUGAACAAGGAGGAGGAAGCGGAGCGGGCCGUCGUCCGGAGCAGCCAGCAGGCCAAGAUACCACUGAAGAAGAGGGAGCUAAAGCUCGCAGAGAGCUACCACAGCAACCACCUGAACAACAGCAACAGCAGUAGUAUUAUUGUUUGUAACCCCUCAGUGAUCCAGACCAAAGACAGUCAUGGGAGGGAGGGGAAGGUACCAAACUCCCUAGUGCCCCCCGCUGGCCAAGCUGCCUCACUACAGCAGCAGCAGCAGCUAGUGGUCACUGCAUCGAGGCAAGAACUGACCAAUGGGAGAGCAGCGUCUCUGCUCCUGCCGCACAAAGAGGGUCAAAAUGGAGUCAUAGGCGUCAUAGGUCAAGUGGGCGUCGUAGGUCACGUCGGGGUCAUCCGCAGCCCGUCUGAGCGCCACAGAGCCCCCGGCGCUGAGCAGCAGGAACAAAACGGGCCGAGUCUGGGCCCCAGAGCUGCGGAGGAGGAGCGCGAGGUGAGCCGACGUUCGGUGCUGGUGAGGAAGGGAGCCGCUGAGGAGGCGGCGGCGGCUGCACUUCCUCCUCAUGCAGCGACUGAGUCCCACAAACUACCGCCGUCAUCCUUAAGGUCUGAUCACCUCCCCGAAGCUGUCGAGCGAAAAGCGGACUCUCUUAGUGUGUCCUCGCUGUCUCAGUCCACAGAGGACCCCAAAAGACAGACAGCAGAAGACCUGGGUAACAGAACGACAGAAGAACAGUCGGACCGGGAGAAGAAAACCGGGCACAGCAGCCAUCAACAGAAAUGUGACGGCGUGGAUGAGAGAGAGGAGAGGAGAAAGGAGGCGUCCGGCUGCUGGGUGGCAGAAGAAGAAAGUAAAGAUGACAGCGAGAAGAACGAAAGCACUUUAGGAAAGUUGGAGGCAGAGUCGGGGAGCAGCGUUCCAACUCUAAAAGCAGACCAACAGGAUAAAACAGACCAGCAGGGAGACGGAGUCAACGGUGGGCUGGCAGCCCCGUUCAGGGUGAAGGACUGUGUGCUCGGGUCAGAGGACAGGCAGCCUCCGCUUGAAGAAGCCUCCUCUGAGCUGCAGAAAGAAGGAAUCAGGCUGAAGAUCAAGAUCCCUCCUCACCGGAGAAACAAGCUGAGGGGAAAAGGAGGGAAGGAGGAGAGAGAGAGGAAGCAGGAAGUGCAGGAGGAAGGAAGGCCUCUGAGGAGAUCUGCAAGGAUUUGCAGCUCAUCUGCUUUGCCAACCUGCAGGCCGAGCUCGAAGGCGGCUGAGAGCCCGAGAAAGAAACCGCAAAAAAAACAGGCCACCAGAAUGAGGGAGGAAGAAGAAGGAGAGGGGGAGGAGGACGAGGAGGAGGAAGAGGAGGAAGAUGACGAAGAGGAGCAGGACUCGACUCAAAAGAAACACAGAAAAACAGAAGCUGUUGGUCAAAUCAGGAAGCAAAGGGGUAAAAGGAGGCACCGGCGCCCGCGGUGGUCCAACAUUCGCUCAAAGAGACGCAAACUGAAUGAGGGGGAGGACAGAGGGAGGAAACGAGGGGAGGAGGAGAGCGAAGGAGGAAGCGACUCGGAGGAAUCCUGUAAGUCGGAGGAGCUUCCCAGCGAGGACGCCUGCAGCCACUGUGGCCUGCCCAACCACCCCGAGCUGAUCCUGCUGUGUGACUCCUGUGACAGUGGAUACCACACCGCCUGCCUGCGGCCGCCGCUCAUGUUGAUUCCAGAUGGAGAGUGGUUCUGUCCGCCCUGCCAGCAUAAGCUGCUGUGUGAGAAGCUGGAGGAGCAGCUGCAGAACCUGGACAGUGCCCUGAAGAAGAAGGAGCGAGCAGAGAGGAGGAGGGAGCGGCUGGUGUACGUGGGAAUCAGCGUGGAGAACAUCAUCCCUGAGGGAGAUGAGGAGGAGGAGGAGGAGGAAGAGGAGAAGUCGGCGAAGAAGAAAGAUUCCAAAAAGAGCAAAAACCUGGGGAGGAGAUCAACCAGAACCAGGAAGCACAUCAGCUACAGGUUUGAUGACUUUGACGAUGCCAUCGAUGAGGCCAUAGAGGAGGACAUCGGGGACCUCUGUGGUGGAGCAGGACAAGACAGGGACGUCAUGGCUGUCCUGUCGGAGGACGGGAAGGAGAGCCAGCGGCCAGUCAGAAGCCAAGCUCGUUCUGCCAGAAACAGGAAGAGGCGGAGACUGAACGACCUGGAGAGCGACAGCACGGCGGCAGAGAGCGAAGACGAGUUCAUGCUGAGCAACAGCUCAGAGGACGAGGAUUUCGGUGCGUCGGGGGCCGAUGAUGAUGAGGAGGAAGAUGAAGAUGCGGGCAGCGAGGUGGGCAGCUUGGACAGCGGGACCCGCCCCAGACGGGCACCGAGAGGCGUACCUAAACGGCUUCCCAGCAGGACCCAACGCAGGGGAAGGAAACGACUGAGGCGGCGGAGGAGACGCUCGUCCGAGGAAGAGGAGGAAGACAGCGAAGAAGAAAUGGACUCGGAUCAGUUCAGCGACAUGACCGACAGCGACGCCGACAAGAAAAGGCGGGGCCUGAGGCGGGGCCAGCGCCAGCAGGUCAACUACCGCGAGACGUCUGAGUCGUCGGACAACUCGAGAGCGUCCACCAACAGGAACAAGGUCAAACCUCGCGGCCGACCACGCAGAGAGCGUCUGUCGAGCGACUACAGCGACGUGUCGGCGUCUUCCAGAGACUCGGAUGAUGAGGACGACUAUGAAGACGAAGAGGAAGAUGAGCGGAGGAGGAGAGUGAACAGGAGUAGGAGAAGAGAGGAGGGAGACCUCAGGAGAACCAGGAAGGGAGAAAAGCGCAGCAGGAGACACGAGGAGGAAGAGGAGGAGGACGAAGAGAGAGGCAGACGGCUGAAGAGGAAGCUGCUGGAGAAGGAGGAAGACAAGCAGAGGAGGUUAAAGCGGACGGACAGAGAGGAGGAGGACCCGGAGAUGAUGGGCAGAGGGAAGAGGAGGGAGAUUCUGUCCCAGCAGCGGCGCCAGCGACUCGCUCAGAUGCUGAAGAAACGGCGGCCUUUGACGGAGGACGAGGAAGAGUCUGAGGACUCGGAGGACUCGGAGUCGUCUUCGGAAGAGGAUCGUCCGAUCCGCAAAAGACUGAACCGCAUCGACUCCGACGACGAUGAAGAGCAGCAUGACGAGGAAGACGAGGGAAGACAGAAGGCCAGAAAGUCUUCAGCCGUGGAGAGGAGGCCCGACAACAGAACCGACAGCGACGCUCAGGAAAAGGGGAGGGGCCGCAGCCUGUCUCCGUCAAAUGGACAUCGGACCUCCAGGGGUCCUGGCGUGCCCAGGGACAGUGCAGGAUCAGGCAGGCAGGGCAGGCACAACGGCCCCUUCCAUCCAGAGGAGGGGGAGCAGGAGGAGGAGGAGGAGGAGGAGGAGGAGGAGGAGGAAGAGGGCCACACAGACUCAUUAAACUCUGUUCAGAACAGUCCGCAGUCAUGAUGGCUGCAUUUGUAUGAGUAACGCUCGCAUCUUUGUUUUUCUUUUAACUGUCAGACCUUUUUACCCACAAACCUCCUGUGAAACUGGACGUCUCUCCCCGCACCUCCUCCUCCUCCCCCUCUGACUCUCCUGUCUCGCUCUUCCUCCUCGCUGUCGUGUUGUAGUCGAGUGCUUUCCACCGUCACGUGCCGUACGUCACCGCGUUCACGCUCGUCUUCGUCACCCGCGGCAGCCGGACCAAAUGCAGCCUCCCGCCAGGACUGGCAGCACUUCCUGUCUAAGUGGACGCACUCGCGCACAUGUGGAGGUCACCGUGACCACGUCCCUGCACUCCUGAGUCCUGGACGUCUGGCCGGCGGGUCCACGUGGCAGGGCGAGAGUACGUUCGUCCCGCUCGGGCCUGAUCGAAUCAGAACGCAGGAAUCUGUUGGUAGUGGACUUCAUCCUAAAGCACUUCGUCACUCUUCGUCAUAGCACUCAACAACCCGCCGCCGAGGCGAGCGUCAGCAUCAAAGCGAACACUCUGGAUCACGUGACCUGAUCCCCACAGCAAAACCUCAUGCAGAAAGUUUUUAUUUGCGGUGGUUCUGAGUUGUCUGUGUUUGUGUCCUCACAAAUUACCCAGCAGCCCGAGGGCUGAGACGUCCAGCAGCGGGGGAACACGUCAGCGGGCACAACACUCCACUGUGUUGGCGUGAUGAUGGCAGACAUCUUGGAUACCCCAAAACCUGCAGGGAAAAAAACAAACUCUCUGCACGGUUUGAUCCUCUGAGAGUCGUCCCGGUUAACAUCAGGACCCUGAGCACCUGGUCCAGUGGUCCAUGAGUCCUGAGACUAGCCAGGCCCCAGCUCAGGGUCCUCUCUGUGUCCAAUGAACGUUUGUUCUGAAGUGUCGGUUGGACAAACCAGACGCGAUGAGGUCACAUCCGGAUUUAGACACAACAACUCAUCACCGUUCAGUUCGGGCUGUAAAGGAUUCGGCGCUUGUUUCCGAAACAUUUAGGAAGUUAAAAAGCCAAUUUUGUAAAAUGUUUGGCGUUUAGAUGCAGACGGAGCAUCCAGUUAAACUCCCUGAAGGUCGUGUAGUUCGAAGAACAAAAGUCUUUUCCUUACAUUCAGAUGAAAGUCGAAAGCACCUUCUUUGUGUUUUUUAAAGAGGCCUGUUGAGGCCUGGUAAAUAUCUGAAAUCAAAGGUUUUGGUUUUGUUCUGAGCAGCCACAUGAGAGCUUCACACACACACACACACACACACACACACACA